AUGGUGGUCUUUGUCGAGGAAAUAACAAAUGGUGUUGAGUCAAUGAAGAAUGGUUGUGAUGAUGGAAAUUGCAGAAUGAGAAGAAGUCUGAGUUUCAAUGUUUGUGCAGCUACAGAUGGUGCUGUAGCUGAGAAGAAAUCAAGGAGAAAUGAUGAUCUGAGCAAGGAAUUGAAGCCUCGAGUUGAGCUAAGCCUGGAAACUGACAAAUGCCCUAUGUGUGACUAUGCUAGGGAGACGACAAAACAUCUUCUGAUGGACUGCUCGUAUGCCAGGGCUAUUUGGUUUGGAAUAGGUAGAGCUUACAGAAUAGGAAAUGAACAUAGCAUGCUUAGCUGGAUAAGAACUUGGUUUACAAACCCAUUAGACUGGGAGGAGGACAUGAUUGAUUGGGUAGCAGUGUGUGGCAUUGUUACUUGGAACAUAUGGAAGUCAAGAUGUGACACAGUGUUCUCGGAACACAAACUGUCGGUACCAGAUUUGAUCAAGAAAAUAGAAAAGGAGAUAACAGUGCACAAUGAAGCGUUCACCGGCAACAACAGGCAAGGAAUAGCAAAAAACAAGUCAAAACAACCAUGGACUCCACUGCAACAAGGAACAACAAAAAUCAAAUGUGAUGCUUCCUACAAAGAAGGGGAACUGGCAGUAGAACUGGGCUUCUUAGACAGAGAUCAUAAUGGGGUCUUUGGGACGGCACAAACAGUCUCAACAAUGGCUACAUCAGCUCUAAUGACGGAAAGUUUGGCAGCAAAGGAAGCGGCACGAUGGGCACUACAAAAAGGAUUGACAAGGAUAGUCUUGGAAGGGGAUAAACAAGAUAUAAAGGAAACAUGGAAGGGGGAAAUGUGA